AUGGUGGAAGAAGUUAUUCUAUUGGAUUAUUGGGCGAGUAUGUUCGGCAUGAGAACGAGGAUUGCUUUGGAGGAGAAAGGAGUGAAAUAUGAAUACAGAGAAGAAGAUUUGAGUAACAAAAGCUCUUUGCUUCUUGAAAUGAAUCCUAUUCACAAGAAAAUUCCGGUUUUGAUACACAAAGGCAAACCGGUUUGCGAAUCCAUAAUCCAAGUUCAGUACAUCGACGAGACAUGGCCCGGUAAAAACCCGAUUCUUCCUUCGGAUCCUUACCAGAGAGCUCAAGCCAGAUUCUGGUCUGAUUACAUCGACAAGAAGACGUAUGGACCGUGCAAGGCUUUAUGGUCGGAAAAGGGUGAGAAGCAAGAGGCGGCGAAGUUAGAGUUUAUUGAAGUACUCAAGACUCUUGAAUCGGAGCUCGGAGACCGAUCUUUUUUCGGAGGAAACGAAUUCGGGCUUGUGGAUAUUGCUUUUAUCGGAUACUACAGUUGGUUUUAUACGUACGAGGAGGUAGCAAAUUUCAGCAUUGUAGCUGAGUUUCCUAAGCUAAUCUUGUGGGCAAAGAGAUGUUUGAUAAGAGAGAGUGUGGCUAAGGUUUUGCCUGACUCGGAUAAAGUUCUUAAGUCUGUCUCUGAGCAUCGGAAGAUCAUUUUAGGGAUCAGUUAG